GUAUGCUUAAAACGACUCUUCGGUGCUGGACGGGUUCAGACGCGGACGGCACGAAGACGUCUGUGGAAGCUGACAGCGGGUGUGAGUGCGCGUGUUGCCCCACCGAGUGAGACUCCAGGCCGGUUUGUGCUCUCGCUGCACCCGCUUCACUUGACUUGAGCACCCAAGGCAGGACAAAUUUGGGACCAUGGCCUCGUCUUGGCUCGUGUUUCACGCUGCUGUUGGCUCUUUCUUGGUUCUGUUAGCUUCGGCGGAACAUGAUGAGCACAACAUGGAGCAGCGCGAGAUCACCUUUGACUUUGGCGAUAUCAUGCAUUUGAUGCAAUCGCCGGAAUCACAUGUGAUGCAACAAGAGGCAGAUUUGUCAGAUUUGGUUGAUGAAAAAGAGUUUGUCAUGCAAGAAAAAUUGGACACCCCACGAGGGAGAGGAUCCCGACCUGCAUCCUUUACACCGAGAGGACGUCGUCCAAGUGUUGGGUCUCGCUCUGAGAUUCCCAUGCUAGACUAUCCCGUUCAGUUCCCGCUUGGGCGACCCACCACCGACAAUCUCCAAGCCGUGUGUCUCCACGGAGAACUUCGCCCUCGCUACCCCAACUCCUACUUCCCCAGCUCAGGGUUUGGACAACUGCGGCGUAGGGCCAGCGCCGUCAAUAAUGCUGAGGCAUGGUUGAGCGCAUGCUGCGCAGGAAAUCAGACGUGGGGGAAUGACGCGACACUUUGCUGCGCCACACAGGCGUGGGAGCUGUCAGUGGAAAAGUUCUGCAAGGAGGAUUCAUCCGUCAAGGAUCGACUUUAUCACUGCUGCAGAAAGACAGGCGGUCAGAGACUCAACUGCUUCCAAAAGGACUCUCCCAAUCCACGCUAUGAGCCAACUGAGCCAAUACCGGUUUCCCCGCUUCCCGUUGAAGUCGACUUCAGCUUUGACAAAAACACUUGUCACAGAACAUCAGUGACUCAGCCAAAUGUCAGCGAAAGGAGACAACAGCCCGGUUCCCAGAAAAGUGAAAUGAACUUCCCCCCCGCUCGACCCAGCGCACAAAACGUGGAAUCACUGUGUCGCAACCAGAAGCAGCGCCCCCUGUACAGCGUCAAGUGCCUGCCGAGCAGCGGCUACGAACUGUUGGCUCGUCAGGCCAAGAUCAUUAAUCGUAUAGAGAAGGGAUACAAACAAUGCUGCAAGAAGAACCAGGACGUGCUUGUGUGUGCUGAGCAAAAGUGGAAUGAUGCGCUCAGAAGGUUUUGCUCCAGUAAGAAGGGCGGCAAGGUUGACUACGAGUGCUGUUUGGGCAGCACGACCAGCGAUCGGCUCGACUGUUUUCAAACAAAGUCUCCUGACCCCCAUUACAACGUGACGUCCCAGGAAGAACUGUCUCCUAAAAUCUGUCAAUCUCGCAAGAUCAUCAAGAAAGUGUUGCCUAAUGGUUUUCACGCCAAGAACAUUUUGAACGAAUGCUGCGCCAUGUCACCAGUAGACCACACCACUUGCUUUGUACAAAAGGUUGAGGAAACAUCUGUCAAAAUGUGUACGUCAAAGAAGACAUCCCCUCCAGUCGCCCGCCGCUGUUGCCGCAUGCCUCCUCCGGAGCAGCCAAAGUGCGUCACUAACUUUGUAAUGGAUGCCAUCACCAAGGCAACCAAGGUGUCCAACCAGAAGAAAAAGAAAAGAUGCCCCCUUUAAAAAAAUCCACCCUGAUGCUUCCAGCAGCUCAGACAUGAGGUCACUGAACACAAGAGUACUUGUCUUGCACAAAUGCCACUUUUUAACGUGUGGACCAAAUUUGUGCCUCAUCUACUGCCAGUAUUAUAUGUAUCUAUACAUCUAAGGUCGUGACAAUCAUCUCUUUCGUGAGUGCCUUCCUAAAGACAUAUUUUUUAAAUUGUUGGAUGCUUGCUUUGUACUUUGUAAUGUGUCACUGUACCACUAUUUUUUUAGAGGCUGCUCUUUAAAUGUUUUGGUUUUGGUUACAUGCAUUUUGUUGUUUCUUUUAAAGCCGCAAGUCCAAACCAUUUCUAAUAAAGUUUUUUUCCCCAUGA